AUGUUUCUCCCGGCAGACUCUUUGGCUCGCAAAAAUAUCUCAUCGCCGUCACAUACUCCACAUACAUUGUACGAAUUUGAGACGAAUUUUCACCAUCCCACAAUGGUUGUUUUCAACGAAAUUUCAGCUUCAGUUAAAGUAAAAGCAAUUAAAGAAAUAAGAUGGCAAUUAGUGUACGCUUCUUAUGAACAAAAGUGA